AUGUAAAACUGUUUUCUAAAAUGUAAAUUUGUCUCAAACGUUGUGAAAGUGUUUCACAUUUUGUAAUGUUGGUUUGCGCUUCCCGGCCACCGUAAGUCGUUCUGGUGGUCGUGUUUCAUGUUUGUCGCUGUUUUGUUGAAGUUUUUAUAAUUCCAGUAAAAACUACCGCCGGACCGGUUUACGGCAUGUCGUGGAGCGCGUGACAGGAAACACGUGCAGUCACAGCAGAACAAAACAUCUAACGUUAAAAGCUUAGUGGCUGACUGGUGGGCCGACUGCGCUUCUGAAACAGUAACUGACGGGUUUGUUACAGACUGAUCGAUGUCGUUGAUCCUCGACUGGUUUUGAGUGUAAACCGACGGGACACAGACGGACACCUGAUCAGGGUCUGGUGAUGGACGAGCCUCCCAGCAGCGAAGAGCGCGCAGACUCGUCUCACGUUGUGGGGGUCAGUCUGUGUGACGCGGCCCCCCUGCUGUGGAGGGUGGAGGACCUGCGGGCAGUGAGGUCUCAGGGCCUGGUGGGGGCGCUGCUGGGUUCGCUGCCCCGAACCCCCCGACAGAACGGACGACUGGGCCGACCGUUACUGCUGCUGCCAGAGGAGGAGAGACUGCUGAGCGAACGGCGCGCUGCUGCUGCUUUCCCGGCCGGUAACCAGGAUGGAGGAGGGGUGGAGCAACACAAAGAGGACCAACGGAGGAGUUAUGAGGAGCAGAGUGUCCUCGCUCUGGAGGACAGGAAGUCCGCGCUGCUCCGAGCCAUGACCUCAUCACACACAGGUUCAGAGUCUGGAGCUGAGGCCCCAGAUGAGGCCCUACAGGGCCGCCUGGAGGCCCUGGACCGGAGCUUUACCUUCCCAGAGUCGGCGUUGGCAGUCCAGCUGAGCACUGCGAGGGCGGGGCUGACGUACUGUCCCGAGGCCCGGGCCUUCCUGCAGGCUGACUGGCCAAUCAGAGGGCAGGAUGGCCCACGCUGCAACGCCAGGUACCAGGUGUUCAGAGACCUGAGGGAGCGGGGCUUCUACCUGACCUCAGCAGGGAAAUUUGGAGGAGACUUCCUGGUAUAUCCAGGCGAUCCUCUCCGUUACCACGCUCACUUCAUCGCCGUCUGUCUGGCCCUGGAUGAGUCCGUGUGUCUGCUGGACGUCCUCGCCGUGACUCGUCUCGGGUCCAACGUGAAGAAGACGGUGCUGCUGUGCUCGCCGGGUCCGGACGGAGGAGUUCUGUACACCUCGUUACAGUGGAGCGGGAUGGUUUAGGGGACACGACGUGUUCUCGGUCAGCAUAAAUAAAUCAAAGUGUCUUCACUGGUGGGAGGCCGACGUGGCUCCAAAAGGUGUUUCAGGAUACACACAACUUCAGUCUGUCGGGAAAGAAAAGGACCUGAAGGUGAGUCCAGAACAGGAUCGCCGGGACUGGAAGCUGAGCGCCUCUCUGCGUGCUCUAACGAACAGAGAAAACGGUUCAGACGGUUUACUUUUGUUCCAGGAUUUCACUUAAAACCUUUCAGUUGUGUGAAAACCAGUCCUGGAUCAGCUCUCAGUUGUGCUACACUGAAGAAAAAUAUGACAUGAGGAUGAGGGGAAGACAGUAUGAGAAAGGUGUGAUACUUUGAAGAGACGGUCUGAAAAACUGCUGGAUGUUUUGAAACAUGAUUUACAGAUAAUAGUUUGGGAUAAGUCAGUAUGAUCACUGUGGUUGUGAUGUGAUGUGUCCACCAGGGGGCAGAA